UGGAUCUUCAAAUUACAUAUUCUCCUUUUGAAAGAGCUUCACCUGCAGGAAAGGUUAAAAUGGCACUGCUAAGUGUUCAACACUUGGCCCUCUUGUUCGGUCUUCUAGGUAACAUUGUGUCAUUUUUUGUUUUCCUAGCACCGAUACCAACCUUCUACAAGAUUUACAAAAGGAAAUCAUCUGAUGGGUACCAAUCCAUACCAUACGUUGUUGCACUUUUCAGUGCAGAAUUGCUGUUGUACUAUGCUGUUAUCAAGACCAACGCAUAUCUAAUCGUCUGCAUCAAUGGCUUUGGCUGUGCCAUUGAAUUGGUUUUUAUCUCAAUGUACAUGUUUUAUGCCAACAAAAAAGAUAAGAUCUUCACGAUAAAGCUACUGGUGCUGGACAUUCUACUUUUUGGGGCGGUGAUUAUAGUCUCUUUGUUUCUGGUAAAGGGGCCGGAAAGAGUUGCCCUUGUGGGAUGGACAUGUGCCGUCAUUAACGUUGCCGUCUUCGCUGCCCCCUUGAGCAUCAUGAGACAAGUGAUAAGAACAAGGAACACGCAGUUCAUGCCGCUCACUCUCUCCAUCUGCCUUGUAUUCUGCGCUACAGCUUGGUUUUUCUACGGAUUUUUCGUCAAGGAUUUGUACAUUGCAUUUCCAAACAUCCUGGGAUUCCUGUUCGGAAUCGCCCAAAUCGUUCUGUACUGCAUGUACAAAGACUCCAAGAAAGACGAGGAGAAUAAAAAAGGUGGAGAAUACAAGGAAGGAGUAGAGAUUCAAGUCAAGAAUGACGGUCGACGGUAAAUCUAACAAACAAGAAUUGAAGUAACCGGCCGGCGGUCGGACGUACGUACGGUGUUAAGCCUCACCAUGCACGACAAUUAUUAAUGAUGUUCCAACUUAAUUUCAUAUGCAUUAAAUUACUCCGUACUAAUUAAUAAUAUCAAGUACUUAAGAAGACUAGUAAUUUUAAGAAAUAAAGGAUGUUAAAUCUCUUUCUGGCUUCGUGCAGUGUAUGGAAAAUUAUUAUUUACAAUAUAUAUAGUUUGUUUUGUAA